AUGAAUUGCACUUUUCAUAUUCAAAAUCAAAUAUCAUCGAUCUGUAGAGCUCCUCAUAAAUGUGAAUGUUAGAGAAAACUGUGCGCCGAAUGCCAAGAUGAACAUGGAGUGGAUUCAAAAUAUAUAGUAUCGGUUAAAAAAUUUCGAGAUUUGGUUAAUAACAAAUUAACAAAGGACAAUCUUGGUUAAUCGCAAUUAGAAUAAACCAUGUAGGCUUUUAAAUCCAUGCUUUCUCAAACUGAGUCAACGUUGAAGAAAAUUUGGGAAGAAUUAUAACAAUCUAUCUAGCAAGCUUAUUAUAUGAUUUAAAAGGAAAACUAAUUAUACUUUAACCUCAUCAACGAAAAUACAAAUCUAGCUGAAUCCUCCUACACAAACUUGGAAAAAUUAGUAAACUAUGUAGAAGGAACGAACUUAUCUGAUUGGAAUACUCAGAAGAAUUCUUUUAUGAUGGUAUUAGAUCAGACAAAAAAUUGGUGGGAGCAUCAUAUUAAGCGUUUUAUUGAAGAGUUUAACCCAAGAAUGCAAUCAAUUCAAUCAUUAAUUAAGUAAGUAUUUAAAUCAUAUCCCUAGGGAAGAAAAACAACAUAUUGAUUAAAUGAAGGAAGAUCUUUUUGAAAUCUUGGCUUACAUCCAGGAUAUUGAUGAAUCUAUAUAUAAGAAGAUUGUUGAGAUAAUUAAAAGAGAGAAAGUUUCAGACAUCCUUGGAUUCCUUUUGAAGACAAACAAUCAACACUUAUAUGAAACUUUUUUCAGUAAGCAAGAAAAUAUAAACGAUAUACAGAGGUAAAUAAAGAAAAUAAAAAUGUUUUGACAAAUAUUUAUGAUCAUAAAUUUAAUAAAGAUGACUAUUCUUCAGAAGUUUUUGAAAAGGCAAGAUAAGACCUAAUAAAAAGGAUGAAAAAUAAUAAAGGGAUCAUAGAUUUUAUCAAGUAUUUAGUUCUCCUCACAAGCAUAGAUGUAAAAUUUAUGUAAAGCGGAUCAAAUGGAUUGAAUUUAUUAGUAGGCAUGAAGAUAGAUAUAAGGAAUUAAUCAUUUGAGAAUAUAAGAAUAAGGAAUACUUCUUUAAUUGGUGGUAACUUUGCACGAUGCAACUUGAUUGGAUCGGAAUUUGAUAAUGUGGAUAUCAGUGGAGUCAAUUUUAAUGGUGCAAUAUUAUUUAAUUGUAAAUGGAAGAACUUAAAAAUCCAUGAAUUAAAUAAGAUGGAUGGUCAUAAUUGAAGUGUUUUGUAAAUCUAAAUUUCUCCUGAUGGAAAUACAUUAGCUUCUACAUCUGGUAGUAAUGAUAAGUCUAUCCGUCUAUGGGAUGUCAAAACAGGAUAAUAAAAAGCCAAAUUGGAUGGUCAUACUAACACUGUCUGGUCAGUCUGUUUCUCUCCAGAUGGUAAUACAUUAGCUUCUGGUAGUAAUGAUAAGUCUAUUCGUCUAUGGGAUGUCACAACAGGAUUGCAAAAAGCCAAAUUUGAUGGUCAUAAGCAUUGGGUAAUGUCAGUUUGUUUCUCUCCUGAUAGAAAUACAUUAGCUUCUAGUGGUGGUAAUCCUUUUGGUGGUGGUGACAACUCUAUCCGUCUAUGGGAUGUCAAAACAGGAUAAUAAAAAUGCAAAUUUAUUGGUCAUACUAACACUGUUGGGUCAGUUUGUUUUUCUCCAGAUGGAAAUACAUUAGCUUCUGGUAGUGAAGAUAACUCUAUCCGUUUGUGGGAUGUUAAAAUAGGAUAAGAAAAAGCCAAGUUAGAUGGUCAUUGUGGAACUGUCUACUCAGUCUGUUUUUCACCUGAUGGAAAUUCAUUAGCAUCUGCAAGUAAUGAUUAGUCUCUCCGUCUAUGGGAUGUUACAACAGGAUUGUAAAAAGCCAAAUUUGAUGGUCAUUAGCAUUGGGUAAUGUCAGUUUGUUUCUCAUCUGAUGGAGAUACAUUAGCUUCUGGCGGUGGUAAUCCUUUUGGUGGUGGUGACAACUCCAUCCGCAUAUGGGAUGUCAAAACAGGAUAAUAAAAAGCCAAAUUGGAUGGUCAUGAUGGAACUGUCAACGCAGUUUGUUUCUCUCCUGAUGGAAAUUCUUUAGCAUCUGGUAGUAAGGAUACGUCUAUCCGUCUAUGGAAUAUCAAAACAGGUUAAUAAUAAGCCAAAUUCGAUGGUCAUACUAGCAUUGUCUACACAGUCUGUUUCUCACCUAAUGGAAAUACAUUAGCAUCUGGUAAUAAUGAUUAGUCUAUCCGUUUAUGGGAUGUCAGAACAGGAUAGUAAAAAGCAAAAUUUGAUGGUCAUACAUCCACUGUCUACUAAGUUUGUUUUUCGCCUGACGGAAAUGCAUUAGCAUCUGGUAGUAAUGAUUAGUCCCUCCGUUUAUGGGAUAUCACAACAGGAUAAUUAAAAGUCAAAUUUGAUGGUCAUACAUCCACUGUUAAAUCAGUCUCUUUCAUUCCUGAUGGUAUUAAAUUGGCUUCUGGUAGUGAAGAUAACUCCAUCCGUCUAUGGGAUAUUAAAACAGGAUAAUAAAUAAACAAAUUAGAUGGGCAUAGUUUUGGUGUCAAGUCAGUUUGUUUCUCUCCUAAUGGGAAUUUAUUAGCUUCUGGUAGUUAUGAUCAGUCUAUCCGUCUAUGGGAUGUCCAGAAUGGAAAAGAAUUUUUACUCGAUGACAAAACUCUUAAAGAUAAUCUUGCUAAAUUUGAAGCAUCGCUAUCUUAGAACAAUCUUCUAUCAUGUAUUUAUUUCAUUACUAUUUGUUAGUAUCUAAAAUUACAAUUCUACGAAUUUCUCGAACUCCAUUAUUUUAAGCAUAAGGAGCUUUGAUCUUGAAAGGAGAUUUUCUAAAUUAUGAGGGAUACGAUCUAAAAUAAUUAUCCAAAUCAAAAGGUAGUUGUUUUUUAGAUGACUUUAAGUUAAAGUGA